AGCCACAAUCAGCCGCCUCAGAGUCACAACCAGCCGCCUCAGAGUCACGAUCAGCCGCCUCAGAGCCACAAUGAGCCCCCUCACGGUUACGGCAAGCCUCCUCACUACGCCCAGCCCCCUCACGGCUACGGAAAGCCCCCUCACUACCACGAGCCUCCUCACAGCCACAGCAACCCUCCUGUUCGCGGCGGCCAAGCUCCUACCCGCGGCGGCAAGGGCCCUACUAGCGGUCGCGGAGGAAAGGCCCCUGCUCCCGGCAGGCCGUCUACUGGUUCUAACACUGGUAGCGUUGGCACUCACCCUGGCUCCACCGACCCUGGCUCCACUCACCCUGGCUCCACCACUCCUGGCUCUACUCCAG